GAGACCUUGUCAAAAGUCUAAAUGCUGACAGAUGGAUUAAAUGAUCGAAAAUCUGUAUUAAUCAAUCCCUUAUCAUCCCUAGUUAGUAAUAAACAUAGGGUAUGGGACUUAACACCAAAAUAGCCAAUUCUUUAUUCGGAGGGCCUUGCAAUGGCAUCGAAAAUUUCAUCAUUUAAUUGCCGAAGGACGUGUCAAUGUCUUUUAAGCCCCAGCAAACCAGCAAGCCCCAGCUUUUGUGGAAGCGGUACAAGAUCUUCGUCGCCGACGCCCGAAAGGGCAGUCUCCCUUCCCAACCUAGACAAAUCUAUACCAAUAUUAAAACCUGAAAUAGUAAUAGAGGAACGAAGAUGGUGCCCAUACCCUAUGAUCAUUCGACAUUACAUAGAAAAACCAAAGUCAUCGGAAAAGUUUACAGCAUUAAAAAAAUGGUAUAAAUGUAAUCAGGAAAAAAGGAAAAAAAAAGCUGAACAGAAAAGGGACAUGCAAAGAGUACUCGCCGAAAAAGAGCGAAUAGAAAGAGAACGUUGCUUAAAAGAAUUACGAAGAUUACAUUCCCAUCAUCAAUCUCUCUGCUGCAGAUCACAAUCGUUGCCAACUUUCAGCAAAUCUUCCAAACCCGCUAAAUCUUGCAAAAUAAGCUAUAAAACUCGCGCAACCACAGCAAAAGAUAACAGGUGCAAAUUAAAAAAGCUGAAGAAAAAACCGAAAAAAGAAAAGUGUAGACAAAAGUCGUCGCCAUUCGGCUGCAUCAAGUUCUGUUGCAAUGUUAUCUGUUGCUGCACUAUACUGACCAUAGUAGCUUUGGCCAUUAUCGUAUUUGUACUUUAACACGUUCAAUGCCAACGACUCUACGAGUACACUCUGAUAUAAAAAUCUUAGUGGCAUUAAACGUGUUAAAAAUAUAGAAGUUAAAUUCUAUAGUCGGAUUUUAAGUUUAAUAACAAGGUAAAGGUAAUUUAUUUAUGAAUUAACCAAUCCAAAUCUACCUCUGUAAGUUAAGGUUUGAUAUUUAUAAUUAAAUAAAUAAUUAACUCAGUU